CGAGGCCCCAAGCAGGCCCGGGAGCGAUCGGAGUCCAGCAAAGUGACUGCACCGGGAGAGCACUCUUCCCGGACCGAGGGGCUGAGCGUGGCGGAAACGCCUUGGGAGACCUGCAGGCACCGGCGGCCGGGAAAGGGCUGAGACGUCCGCGACCGGCCUAGGGGAUAGCGGUCAGGGACAGAGGAGGUCACAGCCAAGUGGGAGCAGAAGCCUGGGGCUGAGCCAGGGAGCCCCACUCGCGGCUUUUACUUAGGGUCCGGACUCCGUUUAUUCUGGGGCGGACCAGGGCAAGUGCCACGUCAGCUCUAGGGGACCGGCCGAGGCCAUUUGUCCCUUAAGUGUACCAGAGUCCUCAGCACCUGUCUAAAGCGCCAGGAGAGGCUGAGGUCAUGGUGAAUGAAGAUCCCAACCAACAGGAGCGCGAUGGCACCCCUUCGCAGUCGGCACUCGGAGAGAACCCCAGCGUCUCGGCCCACCCCAGCGUCUCAGCACACCCAAGCGUCUCCAUCCACCCCAGCGUCUCUGUGUACCCCAGCAGUUCGGCCCACCCCAGUACCUUGGCUCAGCCCAGUGGCUUGGCCCAUCCCGGUAGCUCGGACCCUGAGGACCUUAGCGUGAUCAAAGUGAGCAAGCGCCGCUGGGCGGUGGUCCUGGUGUUUAGCUGCUACUCCAUGUGCAACGCCUUCCAGUGGAUCCAGUACGGUUCCAUCAAUAACAUCUUCAUGAACUUCUACGGGGUCAGUGCCUUUGCCAUCGACUGGCUGUCCAUGUGCUACAUGCUGACCUACAUCCCUCUGCUGCUGCCGGUGGCCUGGCUCCUGGAGAAAUUCGGCCUGCGCACCAUCGCCCUCACCGGCUCUGCUCUCAACUGCCUGGGGGCCUGGGUGAAGUUGGGCAGCCUGAAGCCACAUCUCUUCCCCGUCACUGUACUGGGCCAGGUCAUCUGCUCCGUGGCCCAGGUCUUCAUCCUGGGUAUGCCCUCCCGCAUUGCUUCCGUCUGGUUCGGGGCUAAUGAGGUGUCCACAGCCUGCUCCAUAGCUGUCUUUGGCAAUCAGCUUGGAAUUGCGAUUGGGUUCUUGGUCCCUCCUGUCUUGGUACCCAACAUCAAAGACCAGGACAAGCUUGCCUACCACAUCAGCAUCAUGUUCUACAUAAUAGGAGGUGUGGCCACUCUGCUUUUCAUCCUUGUCAUCAUCGUAUUCAAGGAGAAGCCGAAACAUCCCCCCAGCAGGGCCCAGUCCCUGAGCUAUGCCUUGGCGUCUCCUGAUGUUUCGUACUUAAGUUCCAUAGUCCGACUCUUCAAAAACCUCAACUUCGUGCUGCUGGUCAUCACUUACGGUCUGAAUGCUGGUGCUUUUUAUGCCUUGUCCACUCUGCUGAAUCGCAUGGUGAUCUUGCACUACCCGGGGGAAGAAGUGAAUGCUGGGAGAAUCGGCCUGACCAUCGUCAUUGCAGGGAUGCUUGGGGCUGUGAUCUCAGGCAUCUGGCUGGAUAGGACCAAAACCUACAAGGAAACCACCCUGGUGGUCUAUAUCAUGACUCUGGUGGGCAUGGUGGUGUACACAGUGACCUUGAACCUGGGAUACCUGUGGGUAGUGUUCAUCACAGCUGGCACAAUGGGCUUCUUUAUGACUGGCUACCUCCCUCUGGGAUUUGAGUUUGCUGUGGAGCUGACAUACCCAGAGUCAGAAGGCAUGUCAUCCGGCCUCCUCAAUGUGUCUGCCCAGGUAUUUGGGAUCAUCUUCACCAUCUCCCAAGGCCAGAUUAUCGACAACUAUGGAACCCUGCCUGGGAACAUCUUCCUGUGUGUGUUCCUCACCCUUGGAGCAGCCCUCACUGCAUUCAUUAGGGCAGACCUCCGGAGGCAGAAGGCAAACAAAGAAGCUCCUGAGAAUAAACUCCAGGAGGAGGAGGAGGAGGAGGAGAGCAAACCCAGCAAAGCCCCCACUGCUGUGUCCGAGGAGCACGUCUGAGAGGCAAAGGUGGUGGCGACUCGGGGAACACGGAGCACGCCACCUCUUCCAUCAGCUCAGCUCUCCGCCAGCACAACUGGCUUCUCUGGAGCAGCUGUUGGAGGGAACCAGCUGGAAAAUCCAGGGGUGGACAGCUGUGCCUCUGCCUCCUGGGACCCGCUCCUGAGCCUGCGUGCUCCACUGGGGGGAAAUGGCACUUUUCACCAAAUGCAGAUGGGACUCCGUCCCUCCCCGUCGUCUUAUGGGAGCCAGUGUUGGGAGGCUGGAGAGGUCAGUGGGGUCAGUCUCAGCUCCCCACCUUGCCUCCCCUCUCCACCCCCCACCCCUCGGGAGAAAGCCAGCAAAAUUAUCAAGGAGAGAAAGCUUAUUCAGGAGAUUAACUUUUUCUAGUGAGUGUCUUGAGAAGCAGUCCAGUUGUAAAAGGAGCAGCAGCUGCUGUGGAUGAGGGUCACUCUCGGGCGAUCAGACUGAUGGCUCCAGGUCGUGGGAGAGAAAACACCAUCAGGACAAAGCCCUCAGGACUCUGGGACUAGGUUCUCCCGGCUAAUGUCGGGGUCUCUCUCCAAACCCUCUUUCCUAAGAGCUGAUCAAACCAAACAUCAAUAAACUUGAGAAAACCUUUGUUGUGGGCAUGAGGGAGACUUUGGUUUCAGGGAGGUAACUGCCUUGGGAUGUGCGGGUGCUUCUGAAUUGGGGAACUCUGGUAGCCUGUUUUGGGCAGGGGAGGUUUCUGUCUACAUAAGAAGUCCUGGCCCGGGGACUUGGGUGUGAACAUCACCUCUGCUGCCUUCAUCUGGACGCUGCCUCAGUGCUCGGGUCUCCAGAGGGAGGGCAAUCCUGCCAACUUCCUGUGACCUUUACUGAAAACUAAGCUGGAUUCCUCCCCCCGGAGAGGUCCAGAGCGGCUCUGGGAGAUGAGAGGAGAGGGGCAGGACAGGUGGGUCUGCUUGACUAGGUAAGCGUGUUCCGCCUCUGGUGGGGACAGUAUUUGCACUCCCAGCCUUUCUCCCCACCCGCUUCUGGCAGUAAUCCUUGAACAGAUGUUCUGAACUUAAAGGGAUUCCCUUCCAACUGGCCCAAGCUGACCUCUCCCCACCUUGCCUGCUGUCUGGCUCUACUCGUGGGCUUGGGUAGUAGCUCCAGACACUUGAGGGCAUUUCUCCUGUGCGUUGAGCUCUGUGAUGAUGGCCACUGUGCUGUUUUGCUGAGGCCACAGUAGUGGCCACAGCAUAUUGGAGCAGCCUUCGUGGCAGCAGGGCUGGGGUGCUUGGGCCACUGUGCAAGAGGAGCCCUGUGUGUGUGUGUCUGUGUGUGUGUGUGUGUUUACAGAUACUCUGUACAUAAUAAAAGGUGUUUACACUUUGAUGGAGAAGUGAGUUGAUGGGUGGGAGAGAGAUGAAGACAAAAGUGUACCUUACCUUUUGGAUAAGGAGAAAGUGUUUACUCUUCAGCCCCUUAAAAUGUAUAAACAAUGUUUACUGAAACCAUUUUUUUUGAAGUACAGUUGAUUUAUAAUGUUGUGUUAGUUUCUAGUGUACAGCAUAGUGAUUCCAUUAUACAUAUAUAUUUUUCAUAUUCUUUUUCAUUAUAGGUUAUUACAAGAUAGUGAGUACAUUGCUUUAUUUUAAUAACAUAAUUUGUAUUUUCUAUUUGUUAAUACAAGAUGUUUUAAGGCAA